AUGGUGCAAACCGAAAGUUGUGCUCUUUGCUUGACGUCCGAAUCUAAAUGGUUCCUCGAAGUGUUCUGUGAAGAUAACCAGGAGAAGGACAUCGCGUUGAUCAUAUCGAAACAUCUCUGGUUUGAGUUAAAUGCUAGCGAGCAUUCUUAUGUGUGUGCAGAGUGCUGGAAAAGCGUAAACGAUUUUCACGAAUUUUACACUAAGCUAGAGAAUAUUCAUAGCCAAAACCAGGAUGAUUCUAAUUCAUGCAUCGAAAAAACACUCACCCAACAUCAAUUUGAAUUUCACCCUGUGGAAACCAUUAAAGUCGAAGAGCCGGAUGAUUUUAUCGAUGAUGUUGAACAAAAAUUGCUACAGUCGACCGAAGCCGGAGCGGAUAAUACCACUGACACAGGCAACGCUUCCAAUCGUCCCAAAAGGACAAGCGUUACGAAAACAAGAUAUAAAAUGGAAGCAUCUGAUUCGGAGUGGGAAAAAGAUUUUUUGGCAACCAACGACGAAGACGAACACGAUGAUGAUGUGGACUAUGAUGGCGACGUGAAGAACGACAUCGACGAUAAUGAUGAUAGUGAUGUUAUCAAUUAUGAUGCGCUAAACAAAGUGAAACAGGAAACGGCCCAAGGAUCUGACCAGGCAGAAAACGAUACUGCUGAAAUCCUCACAGAGAGUAUCGAAAUCGACACUCUCUUGCUAACUCCUAAAAGAGGAAGAGGGCGACCUCCAAAAAUAAAAUCUGAACGAAAAAGCUCGCCGCUGGCUGGCAGCUCAGAGACAAAAAAACAGCAUAAACGAGCUCGAAAACGCAUGAUCUCGUUUAGCAGCAGCGAAUCUGAUGCGGAUUACCUGGACGAUUACGAUGAACAAUACGACAGUAAAGAGUGGAAGAAAUAUCGCAAGGACGACAGGAGAUCAUCAAAGAGGUCUCCCGGCAGUCGGCUGCUUAGAGAUAAGAGAAUUUUUUCAUACGUCGACGAAUUUAUCUGCUACUACUGCCCCGAGAAGAUUCUUUUUGAGCGAUUUCAUCAUGCAAAUCAGCAUUACAAACAAGUGCAUAAUGAGCCUGCCUUCCUGAGAUGUCCCAAAUGCGGCAAAAAGUGUUUCACUCCAGGUGGAUUUGUGAGUCACAUGGAGACGCACGAAGAUCCAGAACGAAAUAAGUGUAAAAUAUGUGGUAAAAUGACGGAUCAGCAAAUCACGCUCAAGAAACAUAUGCGAGCGCAUCAAGAAAAAUUGGAAAAAAAUUAUCCCUUCCCGUGCAGUCAAUGUUCGCGGCGUUUUGAAUUCCAAGGAAAACGUGAUAAGCACGAACGGCUGCAUGGACGCAAGGUGAUCAUCAAAAAGGAAAAGGGUCGCGAUUUGGAGCUGUUGGCAUUUUAUAAGCGGAUAUACUGCGAAGUUUGUGAGGAUGUUAAACCAGAGUCGACUUCGUUCGAUAAUUUCUGGGAUCUGAAAGUACAUAUGGGCAAUGAACACAAUAAGUCGCCCUAUCUGAAGUGUCCGAUAUGCUUCAAGAAAAAUGCCUGUCGUCAACAGUUAAUGGUGCACGUUGACGUGCAUAACAAUCCAGAUCACUAUCGAUGCGAAGUAUGUAAAGAGAUUCAUCAUAACCUUGACAAACACAUGAUCAAAGCUCAUACACCGGAAACUAUAGUGCCAGAAGAGAAGAAUUACAGUUGCGAGCACUGUGGCAAAACUUUCAAAUUUCAAACGAACCUUAGAAGCCACAUUGAUCGUGUGCAUGGUGAAAAGGACGUCAGUUGCAAUAUCUGCAAUAAAUAUUUCAACCAUAAAGCACUAAGCGCUCAUAAACGAUCAGCGCACACUGACGAAAUGUUCAUGUGCGAGCACUGCCCGAAGAUGUUUAAGACCCGCAGCGGCCUUGAAUCGCAUAAAGGCGAUCACGACGAAACUCAACGGAAAUCUGUGAAAUGCCACAUAUGCGGCAAGGAAAUGCGCCGUGGUGCAAGCAUGGCUAAGCAUAUGAAGACGAUUCACUCACAAGAGGAUCCGGUUAAUUGUAAUCUUUGCGGUAAAGUUUUCCGGACUUCUUUUCAUAUGAUGCGACACAGAGCAAACACGUGCGCGGCUACGAUCAACUCACGUCCGUACAAAUGUGAGGUUUGCGGUAAAGGCUUCGCCAUGAAGCUUACUAUGACCGAGCACAUGACGACUCAUACCCGGACCAGUCUCUAUCAAUGUGCAUUUUGCUUCAAAACGUUUGGUUACAUCUCGAAUCUUUACAAACAUCGCAAGAAGGCUCACCCACUUGAAUGGCAAGAGGUACAAGCGCGUCCCGAACAAGGCAUUGCAACCGUGAUUGAAAUACGCAAUUAA